CUUCAAAGAUUUACUAAAUGGAUCAUUGGAAAAUUUAUUGAAUCGGAAAGAUUUUUUUAAGAUUUUUUAAGCAUAAUUGGAAACCAGGUUAAGUGAGCAGUUAAGUGAGCAGUUAUCAUGUUUUUUGAUUAUUAUUUUCUAAUCAGUAACCCAAAAAAUUCUUAAAGGAUUUACGUGAAAAAAACAUCCAAGUUCAACUACACCUGACCUUCCACUGUGCUGAGAAGAUGUGCCGAGCUGAAGCUAGACUGACCGAGGGGCCUGACGAGUCUGUGGAGGAGGUUUGAAUUGUGGGAUCCGGCAAAAGAGCGUUUCGAUGUGAACUUCCAGCAUCAUGCCAAACCUGCUGGCAGCCCAGCACAAGAGGAGCAAACUCCUACUUCUUCUGCUUUUUAUGGUCUUCCACAAGCAGAAAGCGACAGGUUCAUUGCUUGAAAGUCUCAUUUCUAAACGCAUGGAAUACUGGGAGAAUUGCAAUAGAACCCUGUCUUCUGCUCCGUUUCCAGCAAAUGGAAACUACUGCAAAGGAACUUUUGAUUUGUUUGUAUGCUGGCCCCAUUCAUCUCCGGGGAAUGUGUCUGUCCCUUGUCCUCCUUUUUUACCAUGGAUCACCAAGGAUGACAACAGGCGGGCACAUCGUGAAUGCUUAGAGAAUGGGAGCUGGAGACAGAUGGAGAACUCCUCAGACCCCUGGCGAAAUGAUUCUGAAUGUGUGGAGGACCAAUACUUUAAAGACAAAGAGGAUGAAAUGCUUCGCCAUUCCGCCCUCAGGCUCAUCUCUGUCAUCGGCUAUUCCCUGUCGCUGUUCUCCCUCACUCUGGCCACUCUCCUUAUAGGCAUCCUGAGGAAGCUCCACUGCACCAGAAACUACAUCCACAUGAACCUUUUUGUCUCAUUCAUCCUGAGAGCAGUGGCCGUCAUCUUAAAGGAAAUAAUUCUCCAUAUCAUGUAUUCCAACCUACCCGAGGACGACCCUGGAUGGAACUCCUACCCGAGCUCUGCGAUAGCACUACUGUGCAAAUUCUCCAAAGUGUGUAUGGAGUACUUUGUGGCGUGUAAUUACUUCUGGCUCUUGGUGGAGGCCAUUUUCCUUCAUACACUGCUCUUCACAGCUGUGCUAACCAAGAGGUGUCUGCUGAAGAAAUACAUGCUGCUAGGAUGGGGAACCCCAGUCCUGUUUGUGACUCCAUGGACAGUGGUUAAGAUUCUAUAUGAAAAUACAGGGUGCUGGUCAAUCAUGAACAGAUGGUUCUGGUGGAUAAUACGAGGCCCGAUUACUUUAUCAGUACUGGUAAUUUUCUUCAUAUUCAUCAAAAUUCUGAUGCUGUUGUUGUCCAAGCUGAAAGCCGAUCAGCUGAAAUUUACUGACUACAGAUACAGUUUGGCCAGGGCAACGCUGGUGCUGAUUCCUCUGCUGGGAAUCCAUGAAGUGGUCUUCACAGUGCUAAUAGAUGAAUGUGUGGAGGGCAACAGCCGCUAUGCACGAAAUUUUAUCAAUCUCACACUCAGUUCCUUCCAGGGAUUCUUGGUUGCUGUGCUGUACUGUUUUGCUAAUGGAGAGGUCCAAACUGAGCUGAAAAAGCGCUGGCAACUGUUUUUGUUCACAAACCACUUCAAGGUCCGGACCUGUUUUCAAGGAGCAAAUCUGAAGCACCUUUGGAAAUGUACUCGACAUCAGCGCAGGCAGCGCUCUCGGCAGUUUGACUCCUACGGCGAAGGUGCCACUUCAAUGGCUCAACCACACCUCCUUCAGGUGGCUGUGCAUGGAGGAGCUGGGCCUCUUGUCCUUGGGCAACUUAAAGGCCAAGGACUCCAGGGCUACGACUCACCAGGGCUUGACUUUCUUACCAGGAAGAGUCUUUCUAGUAGCGAUGGAGAGAUGACGCUUGGGGAGACCAUGGAGGAGAUCCUGGAAGAGAGCCAGUUCUGAAACCAGUUGGUUUCUCAGUAAAAUCCAAACAAAUGGGGGCCAGAUAAUGAAUGUUUAGUUACCCAGAUCUCUCUGGGGGUUUGGUGUGGUAAAGACUUUAACCUUACUCCUAACUUUAAUCCUUUGCACAAGAUGGCUAUGUGAUACGGCCACAAAAACAAACUCCUCUUCACACUGCCUAAGACUUUUACUCAUUUGCUACUCGAGCCAAUCACUUCCUGUGACACUUAGCAGCAAGAGACAGCUGUGUCUUUGGUUAUGAUGGCAUGCUGCUCCAACCCCCACCUCCACCGCAUUUUUACUGCAAACUCAGCUCUCUCACUACCUUUCUUAUCGGCUGUGAGGAGUAACAGCAACAAGUUUUCUUUAGCAUCGUAUGCCGCCAUGGUCUUUACUAAGGUCACAUAGAGACAGCAUAAAAAGCAUCUCAGCCUUGACUCGACUGUAUCGUGUGAAAAGUGCUUUUGAGGUCAUAUCAUUUCCUAAAAAAUAUUGAUCUCAACACAAGGAAAGAACUUUCAGUAAAACUUCAUGCUAAUAUUGAAGACAUCCUAACUGUGAAAAAUGUAGUCUUCGUUGGCUCCUUCUAGUGACUAUAUUGAGAUUUUACAGGGAAAGACAACAGUCAAAGCCAGACUUCAACUACCACAGCCACAAUCUUCUGUGAACAGAAGGACUUAAGUUAUCCCUUAAAUGCAGAAGUAUUUCACAGCAUCCUGUACUUUGCAACAUUGUGGCUUUCGCUGGUACUGUUAGGUAUCUAUGUGAAAAUGUAGAUUUUCCAUGGCAUUAUACAGUAAGGAUACCCCUCACAAACACUAACUAAACUAACUAUUCCACCCGCACAUAAUUUAAACACAGAAUUCUCCAUUUAUUGAAUCUGUGCAUUCUUGUGACAAAAUUGAUUCUAGACAUUCCUUGAAAUGGUGACUGUGAUGGUAAAAUUGUGCAGGGGGAAAUUAACACAUAGUACUCAGUGCACGGUCAGUUCAGUUUUUGGUUUGCUGCAUUAUACAUGAAAGUGUUUUUCCUUAGAAUCUCCCAUUCUAUCAAAGGAAACAGUUAAAUCUGGUGCAAUUAUUGAAAUCUCAUAGGAAGUUUUUUUUUUUUUUAGAAUGUGUAAACAGUUGCUGCUUGGUGGUUGUUUUUUUACAUUUAUUGAAAGAAGUCAUUAUGGGUCCAAGGACAUACAACGAUACAGAUGUGAAGAAAGUACUGCAGUUUAAAGAAUUGCAACUUAAAAGCUUGUAAAACAUGUUUAAAGAAUGAAAAAAGUGAAAAACUCCCGCUGUUUUUAACUCUGCUAUGUCUCAACUCCUUUUAUUUAUGGAUUUGGUUACUGUCAUCUAAGAUAUGGAAGCAAAUCGUUACCAUAUUUCAAAUGAAAAAGCAUUUUCAGAAAUGCUUUUU